CGUCGCCCAGGAGGCGGUCACACUGUUUCCACCCGUCGACAACCGAGGAACGAACGUCGCGUUUUAAAAAACAAAUCAUCAAACGACUCGGACGCGAAAUCUUAGCGACUGGCGAAAAAGUUUCCAGCUGAAUCUGUAAAUUAUCAAGUGAACCAAAACGAUAAGCUAACAAAUCAUAUUCUUCGCCUUCCCAACACAAAUGUUUUCGACCAGCAAAUUUGCUUGUUAAAGUUAAUGCUGCAUAUAUGACAGGCCCACACGACAUCGACAGCGACUGAGACAAAAUGAGCCGCCAACACCAGCGGCACCACCAGCAGCACCACCAUCUGCCGCCGCAGCAGCAGCAGCCAUUGCAGCAGCAGCAGUUGACGGCGCAACAGCAGCAGCAACAUCAGCUGCUAAUGGCGGAGCAUGCGGCUGCCGCAGAGGCGGCGGAGCUGUUUGACCUGCUGUGCGUGGCCACCACGAUGCGCCAGAUCCUGGCGCUCCACCGGGCCAUGUGCGAGGCAGUGGGUCUGCGGCCUUCGCCCCUCAACGACUUCUACCCGCGGCUCAAGGCCAAGGUGCGCUCGUGGAAGGCGCAGGCUUUGUGGAAGAAGUUCGACGCCCGUGCCGCCCAUCGGGUGUACGGAAAGGGAGCAGCCUGCAGCGGCACACGCGUCCUGGUCAUCGGAGCAGGUCCCUGUGGCCUGCGCACCGCCAUCGAAGCGCAGCUGCUGGGCGCCAAGGUGGUGGUGCUGGAGAAACGCGACCGCAUCACCCGCAACAAUGUGCUGCAUUUGUGGCCGUUCGUCAUCACGGAUCUGCGCAAUCUGGGCGCCAAGAAGUUCUACGGCAAGUUCUGCGCCGGCUCCAUCGAUCACAUCUCCAUCAGGCAGCUGCAGUGCAUGCUGCUCAAGGUGGCGCUGCUCCUGGGCGUGGAGAUACACGAGGGCGUCAGCUUCGACCACGCCCAGGAGCCCUCCGGCGAUGGUGGUGGGUGGAGGGCAGCCGUUACUCCCUCGGAUCACGCUGUCUCCCACUACGAGUUCGAUGUGCUGAUCGGGGCGGAUGGCAAACGGAAUAUGCUGGACUUCAGGCGAAAGGAGUUCCGCGGCAAGUUGGCCAUCGCCAUCACGGCCAACUUCAUAAACAAGAAGACGGAGGCGGAGGCCAAGGUGGAGGAGAUCAGCGGGGUGGCCUUCAUCUUCAACCAGGCCUUCUUUAAGGAGCUGUACGGCAAGACGGGAAUAGACCUGGAGAACAUCGUCUACUACAAGGACGAGACGCACUACUUCGUGAUGACGGCCAAGAAACACAGUCUGAUUGACAAGGGCGUUAUCAUCGAGGACAUGGCCGAUCCCGGCGAGCUGCUGGCCCCGGCCAACGUGGACACACAGAAGCUGCACGACUACGCCCGCGAGGCAGCCGAAUUCUCCACCCAAUACCAAAUGCCAAACCUGGAGUUCGCUGUUAACCACUAUGGCAAACCUGAUGUGGCCAUGUUUGACUUCACCUCGAUGUUCGCCGCCGAGAUGUCCUGCCGCGUGAUCGUACGCAAGGGCGCCCGUCUGAUGCAGUGCCUCGUGGGCGACAGCCUGCUGGAGCCCUUCUGGCCCACAGGAUCGGGCUGUGCCCGCGGCUUUCUGUCCAGCAUGGACGCGGCCUAUGCCAUCAAGCUGUGGUCCAACCCGCAGAACAGCACCCUCGGUGUGCUGGCGCAGCGCGAGAGCAUCUACCGGCUGCUCAACCAGACCACGCCGGACACCCUGCAGCGGGACAUCAGUGCCUACACCGUGGACCCGGCCACGCGCUAUCCGAACCUGAACCGGGAGUCUGUUAACAGCUGGCAGGUUAAGCAUCUUGUAGACACGGACGACCCGUCUAUUCUGGAGCAGACCUUCAUGGACACGCACGCCCUGCAGACGCCGCAUGUGGAAACGCCUGGAAGGCGCAAGCGACGCAGCGGAGACUUAUUGCCCCAGGGUGCCACUUUGUUGAGAUGGAUUAGUGCCCAGCUGCACGCCCAUAAGUUUAUUCCGGAACUCAAAGAGGCAUCUGAUGUGUUCCGCAAUGGACGCGUACUCUGUGCGCUCGUUAAUCGCUAUCGUCCUGAUCUCAUCGACUUUGCUGCCACCAAGGACAUGAACCCUGCGGAGUGCAAUGAACUGGCCUUUGCCGUUCUGGAGCGCGAACUGCACAUCGAUCGGAUUAUGAGCGCUAAACAAUCGCUGGAUCUGACCGACGUGGAGUCGCGGAUCUGGCUCAACUAUUUGGACCAGAUCUGCGAGCUGUUCCGCGGUGAGAUCCCGCACAUCAAGCACCCCAAGAUGGACUUCAGCGAUCUGCGCCAGAAGUAUCGCAUCAACCACACGCACGCCCAGCCCGAUUUCUCCAAGCUGCUGGCGACGAAGCCCAAGGCCAAGUCGCCGAUGCAAGAUGCGGUGGACAUACCCUCGACGGUGCAGCGACGCUCGGUUCUGGAGGAGGAGCGGGCCAAGCGGCAGCGCCGCCACGAGCAGCUCCUCAAUGUUGGGGGAGCUUCCGCGGGAACCGCCGGUGUGGCCGGAAGCGGAACGGGCACUACUACGCCUCAGGGUCAAAACGAUACGCCACGCCGUUCGAAGAAGCGCCGCCAGGUCGACAAAACCGCCAAUAUUGAGGAGCGCCAGCAGCGCUUGCAGGAGAUCGAGGAGAAUCGGCAGGAGCGGAUGAGCAAGCGGCGCCAGCAGCGCUACCAUCAGACGCAGAACUUUUACAAGAGCCUGCAGCUCCUGCAGGCGGGCAAGCUUUUGCGGGAGGGUGGUGAGGCCGGGGUGGCCGAGGAUGGGACCCCCUUCGAGGACUAUUCGAUAUUCCUCUACCGCCAGCAGGCGCCCGUCUUCAACGAUCGCGUCAAGGACCUCGAGCGGAAGCUUCUGUUUCCCGAUCGCGAACGGGGAGAUAUUCCCUCGGCAUUGCCGCGCACGGCGGACGAGCAGUUCAGCGAUCGCAUUCGGAACAUGGAGCAGCGGAUGACGGGACGCGGGGGCCUCGGUGGCGAUAAGAAGCCCAAGGACCUGAUGCGGGCCAUCGGCAAGAUCGACUCCAAUGACUGGAAUGUGCGCGAGAUCGAGAAGAAGAUCGAGCUGUCCAAGAAGACCGAAAUCCAUGGGCCCAAGGGACGUGAGAAGGUGCCCAAGUGGAGCAAGGAGCAGUUCCAGGCACGCCAGCACAAGAUGUCGAAGCCACAGCGCCAGGACUCGCGCGAGGCGGAGAAGUUCAAGGACAUUGACCAGACCAUCCGCAAUCUGGACAAGCAGCUAAAAGAGGGCCACAACCUGGACGUGGGCGAGCGAGGUCGCAACAAGGUGGCCUCCAUCGCCGGCCAGUUUGGCAAGAAGGACGAAGGAAACUCGGACGAGAAGAAUGCGGGCAGCAGCAAUGCCACCACCAACACCAACAACACAGUCAUACCCAAAUCUAGUUCCAAGGUGGCGCUGGCCUUCAAGAAGCAGGCUGCCUCCGAAAAGUGCCGCUUCUGCAAGCAAACCGUUUACCUGAUGGAGAAGACCACCGUGGAGGGUCUGGUCCUGCAUCGCAAUUGCCUUAAGUGCCACCACUGCCACACCAACUUGCGCCUGGGAGGCUAUGCCUUCGAUAGGGACGAUCCGCAGGGUCGCUUCUACUGCACCCAGCACUUCCGGCUGCCACCCAAGCCGCUGCCACAGCGCACCAACAAGUCCAGAAAAUCCGCUGCCGCUCAAGCCGCCUCGCCUGCUGUACCACCAACGGCUGGAACUUUACCUGCUGCUGAUGCGUCUGCUGAGCCCAUGGACACCACUCCACCCAGGGACCAAGUGGAUCUGCUGGAGACCUCGCGGGCUACUGCCUCCGCCGAUGCCAUGUCCGAUGACGAGGCCAAUGUCAUCGAUGAGCACGAGUGGUCGGGCCGCAACUUCUUGCCCGAAUCCAACAAUGAUUCUCAGUCAGAGCUUUCCAGCUCGGAUGAAUCUGACACGGAGUCGGAUUCGGAGUUGUACGAGGAGGCGGAUGAUUCGCCCUUUGGCGCUCAGACCCUCCAACUGGCGUCGGAUUGGAUUGGGAAGCAGUACUGUGAGGAUAGCGAUGAUUCCGAUGAUUUCUACGACUCAAGUGAAGGUAUUGCGGAUGAUGGUAAGGAUGACACCGAGGGUGAGGAGUUCAAGAAGGCCCGCGAACUGCGCCGCCAAGAGGUUCGCCUGCAGCCCUUGCCCGCCAAUUUGCCCACGGAUACGGAGACCGAGAAACUUAAGUUAAACGUAGACAAUAAAGAGAAUGUGGCCGAUAGGAACUCUCUGAAAUCGGGCAACUCCUUUGAGUCAGCCCGCAGCCAGCCGUCCACUCCUUUGGCCACGCCCACUCGUGUGGAGAUGGAACAACUGGAGCGGAACGCCCCUCGUAAGUUUAGCAGCGAGAUCGAGGCGAUUAGCGAGAAACUUUAUCACAUGAACAACAUGGUCAAGAUGAACAAGGACCUCGAGGUGCUGGCCAAGGAGAAUCUGGUCAAGAGCGAUAUCCUUCGCAAGCUCACUCUGAAGGAGAAGUGGUUGGCAGAGAAUGCGGCCAUAGCAGCUGGCCAAAAGUUAGCUCCGGCACCAAGUGCUACUGCUCCUGUUCUCCAACCCAAGUCCAAGUUCGAUGAAAAGUUCGAGAAGGUAGUAAGUCCACCUCAACCAUCGGUGGAAGCAAAACCCAAACCAGUAAUCGAUUUCAAUCUGGAUGAACUGAAACCGCGCAAACCAAACUUUGAAGAACGACCCAAGGAGCAGCUGCCCAAGCCAGAGGGAUUAAGAAAACUGCCUCAACCGAAAUCCAAGGGUAGCAGCACCAAUGUGAGCCGUUCCAACAGCUUAAGGAGCAACGCCAGCACCGGGAGCCCAAAGGUGAAGAAAGCUCCCAUUCCCAGUGACAGCAAGAUGCAAAUUGAAGGGAUUUUAGGGACUAUAAAAAAGCUCCAGCGCCAGAACAGCAGCGAUCAGGAUGAAGAUAUGGAUGUAGAUACGGAUGUGGAUGUCGAAAGGCAACCCAAUAAACAGCUUAACAGAAAGUUAAAGGAAAUCCAGGUCAGCAGCUUUGCCGGUACCAUGGAUCACAUCAAAUCACAGCUUACAAUGCCUACUGUAAGUGCCCAGGCACCAGCCUCCAUGGACCUCUCCAAGUAUUUCCCUAACCAGAAGCAGGAGAAAAGCUCCGCCAGCAACACAAACAAGAACCAGGUUACUCUUAAGGAUGUAAAUCUAUCCAAAUACUUUCCCAGCAGUCCGGCUCCACAGCGAAGAACCGUGGAGACGGUGGCGGAUCGACUGAAGAAGUCGCAGACUGAGGCAUCUCUGGCCAAAUCCAAGGUCCUGGAGGAGAAGUCCAAGGACCAGGAGGAGAAGGGAGGGCAGACUAAAAGGAUCCCAGAGAAGGCGGCAGAUACUAAACCAGUGCCACCCAAACGACAAGCGUCAUUGGAUACUUUUAGCUUAAGGGAUCAUCAGAUGGAUGGAGCACUUGACCUGACCAAAAAGAAGGCUCCCGCGAAGGCUGCCUCGGCGGUAAAGAAACCAGCUAAGUUGGGAAGUACCACAGUCGUGACGAAAGCCACAGCUACGACAAAAGGAAAGACCAUCAAGAUAGUGAAGAAAAUCGUACCCAAAGGAACCAAGGCCAAAAAGGCAGCAGCAGCCCAAGAAGCAGCAUCUGCAGUCGAAGCUGCGUCAGAGAAGCAACCCCCAGCCCCAAAGGAUGAAGCUGAACGAAUAUUGGAUGAAAUCCUUGGAGAUGGGGAAGUGCGCUCGCCCAGCUCCGAAUAUCAGCGGUUGUUUCAAGAUGAAAAGUCACCCAGCGAUCUGUCCGACAACAUUGAUCGCAUACUGGAGGAAACCGGGUUGGAUCUAGAACUGGGUCUCCCCAGACGCAGUAGUAAGAAACUAUUAAAAACCAAAUCCCUGGGGGAGGGUGAGUUCGAUUUGAAGCAUUCAAAGGAAAGACUAACUGGAGUGCAAAACAUCCUCAAACGAUUUGAGUCCAUGAGUUCAGUUACUUCCCAGAAUUCUCAGAACAGUGAUGAACAGGGGGCAUUCAAAUUGCGUCGCAUGGAGUCCACCACCAGUAAUCUGAGCAGUUUGACCCGCUCUAGGGAAUCUCUGGUCUCGGUUAGCGACUCAAUGAGCGAUUUGGACAAGACCAUGGAAUACUUGCGUAACGAGUGGCGCAAUGAGGCCACAAACUUUUUGCAGAAGAAGCGUGACAAGUUCUAUGCCCAAAAGGAGGAGAAGCCAAAAGAAGUUGAGGUUAAAACCAGACCAGAUCCUUUGAACGAUCUACCUGUGCAAUAUCGCGAUUCCAAACUGGCAAAAUUCUUUGGCCUAGGGGGCUCGAAGUCACCCGAGAAGCGAAAGUCUCCCAUAAAGAAAAAAAAAUCUCCUUCUAAAACGCCAAAGGUGACCAAGGCAAACAACUCGCUGGAGGAGCUGGCCAAAAUCAGUAGCGUUCGCCAGGCCAAGCAGACGCAAAAGAAGGCGCCCAAGCUUGUGGUACCAAUACCAUUAAAACCAGCCACUCCUGUUCCUGAUGACUUUGAGGUUCUUGAUCUGCUGGAAAAAGCCACAGAGGCCAAAGAAUUGGAACGGUCUAAGACCAAGAGUCCAGCUGUGGAACCCAUAAAAGAAGUGCCGAUUGAAGCUAUAGUAGAAAUUCCCUUACCAGUAGAAGACAUUAAAAAUCUGCCCAAGACAGGAUGUGAUAAGUCAUCGAACAGCUCACGUCGUGGCUCCCAAUCCAGUUUGGCAAUGUCGCGGCGGCAGUCGGAGAUUUCUCUCAACGAGAAACUCAACCAAGAGGCACUCAUUGCCUUGAGUCACUUGGAAAAGGAAAGGGAGGCGGAGCAAGUGGACGAACUGUUCCAGAGCAUGGUGGAGGAAAUGGAGCAGGAACCACAGCCCAUUGCCCUUGUUGAGCCCCAGGAGGAAGACAUUGAUGCGGAUUCCCUGUGCACAACAAUCAGCAAGAGUCCCAGUGCCCAGCCUGUCACAGUGGUCAAAAGGGGCAGUUCCGAGGAUCAGAGCAUUGAGAAGCUUUUUAGCCACUUUUCAGACGAGAUGCUAGUAAAUGUGGAGUUCGAUUCCAACGAUGAACUAGUGGGCAUCACACCAAGGGCCAACCUCUUUUCCAGAAACACUGCAGACCGGGAUUAUUUGGAUAAGCUAGAGUCUCUGGAACGGGACGAGGAGACUUUCCAGCCGAUUAUUACAGAGAAAUUCCAAAAGGUUAAGAGCCAAGACGAAGUGGACAGCAACCACUUUCCAUCGCGCCCACAACGCAGACCCAAAAGCAGUUCUUCUUCUAGUGAACCGUCGCUGCCCGUGGCUCCUCAGAGACUGAAGAAAAGGCUGUCAAAACUUGAUCCAGAUGACAUGGCUCCUUCUGUACAGGAUCUCCUACAACAGGUUUACAAUAAGAAUGUCCAGCCUCAAGUUUUGGAAGUUGUUCCAAUCGAAGGCAGGCAAACAUUGAGGUUUCCUAGCAUGUUAGUGGAGGAAAAUGUGGACGAAGUGGAUCAUCCAAAAGAUGUUAUCAAAGAAAAUGGUUCGACUAAAGUAGAAAACAAUGAGCUGAUAAUAACGCAACCAGAAGAGGUUCCUCUGGCGAUUCCAAGUCCUCGCAAACCACCAGUUAGUCAGAGUAAUUCCCUUAAGAGCGAAAACUCCUCCGUCAGCAGUUUAGUGGAGGUGCCAAAGAUAAUUACCCCACCCAAGUCUAGUAGCAAGGAGAACUCCUCGGAUUGGGACAUGGAGAAGCUGCCAGCAUCGCCAAUGCCACGUCGAAAGCUGCCGCAAUACCAACCGCCAUCUAAAACCCAAAGCGUGGCCAGCAAGGAGAGCUCUUUGGAAUGGGACAUGGAGAAGCUGCCGAACAGUCCUAUGCUCCCAAGAAGGAACAAGAUGCGACCCAUCUCACCCAACACCAGUUCGGUGCAACUUCUGAACAAUCUAACCACUGAUGCAGAUGAAGAGGCAGCCCAGCGACGCCUCAUCGAGGAUUUCGAGCAGGAAAGACGGCAGGCGCUGAUCAAGCGGGACGAGAGCUUCGAGGUCGUUGCAGCGGAGCAACGCAGACGCGACUCCUUGCAAAGCAGCAGCAACUCCAGUGGCAAGCGGAGCUUACCACCGCCCACGCCGCCCAUGAAGAUGGGAUCUCGGCGAGGCACCACUCAGGAUACGAAUCGCACACAGGACACGGCCACCCGGCACGAGGGCACGCCGCCCAUGUUCAAGAAGCUGGAUGUCGAUGGGAGCGCAACCUCCAUGGAUUCCACCGCCUGUUCCACGCGGCGCAGCUCGUUUGCAUUUAUAGAGUUACAGGACAACAAGCCGGUGAUUGUGCCCAUGCCCAAGAAGCUGAAGCUGCCAAAGCCGGAGCAGCCCAGGUUUGUUCCCGAGCCGGUGGCCAUUGAUGAGCCCGUGCCCGAUGUGUUCCAAGGCCGAUCGUGGCCCAAGGCGCAGCUCGAAGGGGAGGGGGAUCUAGAGGACUUGGAUGAAGAAGAUCAGGCAGAGAAGCUAAAGAAACAGCUGCCCGAAUACGCCCGAUCGGACUCUCCGCCAUCGGCUGCUUUCAAGAACCGCAAGUGGCCGGAUGGAAAAACUGUUUUCGAUAAGCGUGCUGAGUCUUUAGAGGAAGAUGAUAUUUUCAGUGGAUUACUGUCCACCAAAAAAAGAGGAAUCCAAAGAUUCAAGGAUAAACCGCGCUCCCAAUCUCCGCAGCCUUUCAAACCGUUAUCCAACAGCUCCCGGCAGAGCUCGAAGUCGUUUAGCGACCUCAAGAAAGGACCCUCCCUGCAAUCUCUGUCAGCGCGAUCCAGCCAAGACACGGACACCCUCUCCACCACCACCACAGUGGCCACAGCUCGUCCUGCAAGCUACACCACCUUCGAUGACCCAAUGGACGCCAGUACCCAAGCAUUGCUGGAUCGCAGCAAACGGUUGCACAAUCGCAAGAGGGAUUUCGUGAACGAACGUGUGGUGGAACGUAAUCCCUAUAUGAGAGAGGUACUCCGGAGCACAGAUCGCAGGGAAUACGAUGAUGUGGACGAGGAUCUGACCAGUUACAGGCCAAGGCAUUAUGCCAGUUCCACGCUAAAUCGAUUUCCGAAUACCUCAACAAGGAAGAGCAACACAUACGACUACCUCAGUCCCAGUAGCGAUUAUUUGACCAGGAGAACCUACAACAUCCCCAGCAGCAGUGCCACCAGCAGCUAUUAUCCAUCGACCACGCGCAGCUCCCACCUGAGCGACCUGUUCCGACGACGCAGCCCCGCCAGCGGAUCCGGAUCCGCACUUACCGGCUACGGCAGCAAAGAGUCGUGCAUCGGGCUAGCCUCUGAUCGAGUUAGCCACUUGAUUGAAAGUAAAUGCACCUGGGUACGAUCUACGAAGGUUCAAACCGAGUCCGAGAGCACCUCGCCUGACGAGGUGGAGCUCAACUCUGCCACUGAGAUAUCCACCGACUCCGAGUUCGACAACGAUGAGAUCAUACGCCAGGCGCCCAAAAUCUUUAUCGAUGACACCCAUCUAAGAAAGCCCACUAAGGUCCAAAUCAAGUCCACCAUGAUCGGACCCAAUGCUGCUGCUGCCGGACACCACCAGAAACAGGUGGCGGCGCGGGAAAAGGGCGGCAGCUACCUCCAGAAGUACCAACCGCAGCCACCCCUUCCGCAGUUUAAGCCACUGGUCCAGGUGGAUCCCAGCCUGCUCAUCAGCAGCCAACGCGCUCCUCUGCAAAAUCCUCGGCCAGGAGACUACCUCCUAAACAAGACGGCUAGCACCGAGGGCAUUGCCUCCAAGAAGAGUCUGGAGCUAAAGAAGCGUUACCUGUUGGGCGAACCGGCCAAUGGCAACAAGAUUCAGAAGUCGGGAUCCACCUCGGUGCUGGACUCGCGCAUCCGCAGCUUCCAGUCGAACAUCUCGGAGUGCCAGAAGUUGCUGAAUCCCAGCAGUGACAUCAGUGCCGGGAUGCGCACCUUCCUCGAUCGCACAAAGUUGGGCGAGGCCAGCCAGUCGGCCGGGCUGUCCAACGAUCUUAUGCGCUCCGCCACCAGCAAUGUGAUCAACGAUCUACGCGUGGAGCUCCGGAUACAGAAGGCUCCGUCCAGUCACUCCACGGAUAACGAGAAGGAGAACGUGUUCGUGAACUGCAAGAAUGAGCUGAACAAGGGCAUGGAGUACACGGAUGCGGUAAAUGCCACGCUGCUGGACCAGCUGGCCCGAAAGAGUUCGCCCACCACGCCGACGAACAACAAGACGGUAAUCGAGGUUAUUGACCUGGUAACUCCAGAGAAGCCGGUGGCUAUUAUCGAUCUCACCGCACUGGAGACGCCCAAGAAGCAGAUGGUGGAUGGUGGAGCUAUGGAUGUGGACGAUCGCCUCACACCCGAUAGCAACAAAAUCAGCGAACUGCAGCAGGAGGUGAAGGAGGAACCGAAGCCGGAUGUUUCCCGGGAUGUUAAGGAGUGCAUCCCAGACAUUCUGGGGCACAUCAAGGAGGGGAGUGGAGCCAAGGAGCAGGUUGGGGAGGAACAGCAGAGUCUGCUGGAGCAGUCCGACGAAGAGAAGCGCGACUCCCCGGAGAAGGAUGUCGCCGAGCAUGAGCUUUAUGAGCCUGGCAGCGUGCAGAUCCAAGUCCCCAACAUCCCGUGGGACAAGACCAAGCCAGAGGUAAUGUCUACCACCGGCAGCAGCGGGUCCAUCUGUUCGAGCACAGACUCGUCCAGCAUCGAAGAUAUUCAGCACUACAUUCUGGAGUCAACGACUAGUCCGGAUACCCAGACAGGAGGCGGGAAGCACAAUGUGCCCCGUGUGGAGGUACACGAUACGAGUGGCGCCUUGAUGCAGGUGGACAGCCUGAUGAUUGUUAACGGAAAGUACAUUGGGGAUCCCGAGGAUGUCAAGUUCUUGGAUAUGCCCUCUGAUGUUAUUGUUCCACCUGCUCCUGCGUUGAAAACGUGUGAAUUGGACCUGGAGGAUGAUCACGAGACGGAACCAGUGACAGCUACUCCCGAGCCUGCAGAGUGCACGGUCAUUGAGAAAGAGCGUCGUGUCACUGCUCCACCUCCCUUGCCCGAGAUGGGACCACCCACACUGAAGUUCGACAGCAAAAACGAGAACAAGAUCGAGAGCCUGAAGAACCUCCCGUUAAUUGUCGAGAGUAAUGUAGAGCACAGCCAGGCGGUGAAACCCAUUACGCUUAAUUUGAGCAGUUUGGCCAGGACGCCAGACACACCGACCACGCCCACCGCGCACGAUAGCGACAAGACUCCCACGGGAGAGGUACUUUCCCGAGGAUCAGAUUCGGAAACAGAGCCCACAGGUACUGGUCAGGUGCUAACGGAAACCGAACUCUCCGACUGGACGGCCGACGACUGCAUCUCGGAGAACUUUGUGGACAUGGAGUUUGUGCUCAACUCCAACAAGGGCACGAUUAAACGUCGCAAGGAGCGGCGGCGCAGUGGAGCAAACAAGCUGCCCAGUGGAAACGAGGUUAUCCACGAGUUGGCCAGACAGGCACCUGUGGUGCAGAUGGACGGAAUCCUCAGUGCCAUCGACAUUGAUGACAUUGAGUUUAUGGACACGGGAUCGGAGGGUUCCUGUGCAGAGGCUUAUUCCGCCACGAACACGGCGCUUAUUCAGAACAGGGGUUACAUGGAGUACAUCGAGGCGGAACCCAAGCAGACGACGCGCAGGGCAGCUCCGCCAUCCAGUUACCCCGGCAACCUACCGCCCCUGGUGACGAAGCGGGAUGAGAAACUGGGCAUUGAUUACAUCGAGCAGGGGGCAUACAUAAUGCACGAUGAUGCUAAAACGCCGGUGAACGAGGUGGCACCCGCGAUGACCCAAUCCCUGACAGACUCCAGCACUCUCAAUGAACUGGACGACGAUAGCAUGGGUGGAUUGGGCUUAUCUCAGACCCAGCCCACUACAACGGAGGAGAGUGAGGCUUUGACGGUCGUAACCAGCCCACUUGACACGUCGUCGCCCAGAGUGCUCGAUCAAUUCGCCUCUAUGCUGGCAGCGGGCAAGGGUGAUUCCACGCCCAGCAGCUCAGAGCAGCAACCAAAGACCUCCACGGUGACCACAAGUAGCAGUGGGCCCAAUUCCUCGACGCCAGGGAACGCAUCAAAGGAGGGGGCUGCACAGGAGGAGGAUCUACAGAUCCAGUUCGAGUAUGUCCGAGCGCUGCAACAGCGCAUCUCGCAGAUCAGCACCCAACGGCGCAAGAGCUCCAAGGGAGAGGCGCCCAACUUGCUGGCCAACGCGAACGCACCUGUGAUAGAAUCUGUCGAGGAUCAGCCUAAGCCCGCAGAGGAGACUGUGUCCUUGAUGCGCUCGCGGAGCACCAGCAUCUCCGGCAAGGUACCUGAGAUUCCCACGCUCAGCAGCAAGCUGGAGGAGAUCACCAAAGAGCGCACCAAGCAGAAAGAUCUCAUCCACGACCUGGUCAUGGACAAGCUGCAGUCGAAGAAGCAGCUGAACGCCGAGAAACGUCUGCACCGGAGUCGCCAGCGCAGUUUGCUGACCAGUGGCUAUGCCAGUGGCGCUAGCCUGAGUCCCACUCCAAAGUUGGCGGCUGCGUGCAGUCCGCAGGAUUCCAAUUGCUCCAGCCAAGCACAUUACCAUGCCUCCACCGCGGAGGAGCGACCAAAGCCGUCGCCGGAGAGACCGUUGCAGAAGUCCGCCACGUCCACGUAUGUGUCGCCCUAUCGCACGGUCCAGGCACCAACACGCAGUGGAGAUCUCUACAAGCCGCGACCCUUCAGUGAGCACAUCGAAGUCAGUGCCUUGACAGGCUACAAGCUGGGCAAGACGGCUUCGUUUAAUGGCGGGAAAUUGGGCGACUUUGUCACGCCCAUUGCUCCGGCGAGAGUAAACCGAGGAGGAGGAGGAGGAGUGAUUGCACCGGAUAUCGCUAACAUUUCCGCCUCGACGGAGAAUCUGAGAAGCGAGGCUAGAGCCAGAGCUCGUCUUAAGUCAAACACAGAGCUGGGUCUCAGUCCCGAGGAAAAGAUGCAGCUCAUACGCUCACGUCUCAACUAUGACCAAAACAGAGUCCUCAAGCCCAAGCAGCUGGAGGAGAUGCCAGCCGGGGAUCUGGCGGCCCGUGCCCGCAAAAUGAGUGCCUCGAAGAGUGUCAAUGAUCUGGCCUACAUGGUGGGUCAGCAGCAGCAGCAGCAGCUGGAGAAGGAUGCCGCGCUCCAGGCCAAGGCGGCGGACUUCACAUCUGAUCCCAAUUUGGCUGCCGGUGGCCAGGAGAAGUCGUCGAAAACGAAAUCCGGACGCAGGCCAAAGGAUCCGGAGCGCCGCAGGAGUCUCAUACAGUCGUUGUCCAGCUUCUUCCAGAAGGGAUCCACAUCCGCGGCCACCAGUCCCAAGGAGCAGGGCGGCCUCGUGGCUGCCGGCCACUCUGAGCACUCAGAACGACCCGGCACCAGCAACAGUGGCACGCCCACAAUCUCGGAUGCGGCGGGAGGAGGCGGAGGAGGAGGUGGCGUCUUCAGUCGUUUCCGCAUCUCGCCCAAGUCCAAGGAGAAGUCAAAGUCUUGCUUUGAUCUGAGGAAUUUCGGUUUUGGUGACAAGGAUAUGCUCGUCUGCAACGCCGCGGCUGCAGCAGGAGCCACAUCACAGACAAACCACUCGCAAGAGUAUCUGAACACCGCGCACAACAGUCGCUACCGAAAGCAAAUGAACACUUCGAAACCGAAACCCGAAUCGUUCUCUUCAUCCAGCCCGCAGCUCUACAUACACAAGCCCCACCACCUGGCCGGAUCUCAUCCGAAUGCCCUGGACGACCAGACACCACCGCCCAUUCCGCCUCUGCCACUGAAUUAUCAGAGAUCCGAUGAUGAGAGCUACGCUAACGAGACACGGGAGCAUAAGAAGCAACGUGCCAUAUCGAAGGCUUCACGACAAGCUGAGCUCAAGCGACUGCGAAUCGCUCAAGAGAUUCAGCGGGAACAGGAGGAGAUUGAGGUGCAGCUAAAGGACCUGGAGGCACGCGGCGUGCUUAUUGAGAAGGCCCUGCGGGGCGAGGCGCAGAACAUUGAAAACCUGGACGCAACUAAGGACAACGAUGAGAAGCUACUUAAGGAACUUUUGGAGAUUUGGCGCAACAUCACAGCACUCAAGAAACGCGAUGAGGAACUGACCAUAAGGCAACAGGAACUGCAAUUGGAGUAUCGACAUGCCCAGCUCAAGGAAGAGCUCAAUCUGCGCUUGUCCUGCAACAAACUGGACAAAAGCUCCGCCGAUGUGGCCGCCGAGGGUGCAAUACUCAACGAGAUGCUGGAAAUUGUAGCCAAGCGAGCGGCCCUCAGACCCACUGCCUCCCAACUCGACCUCACGGCAGCGGGAUCGGCAUCGACCUCAGCCGAGGCAACGGGCAUUAAGCUGGUCGGACAACCGCAUGACCACGAAGAAUCGAAUAUUUGAAUAGCAAACUUUCCCUGGAGUGUGCUGGUCUGCGAAGUUUUAAACGGACUGUUGAGCCUAAAUACUUAAGUUGAUACAGGGGAGAACGUACCAAAAAGGCAGCUGAAUAUAAACAAUUAACAAUACUAGAAUCCAUGAGCUGUAACCGAAACGAGCAACUAACUAUUCAGAGUGAUUAAGCUGGCAGAGAACAAUUUCAAUAUAUAUUUAAGUAGUAAGCCUAACUAAUUUCGGAGAUGCGCGCAAGUUUGAUGUAAAAUCAGGCGGAGAAGAAAUCAAAACCAAAAACUAAUUUCGCAAUUUGACAGUAAGCAGUACGAUUGUUUUCGAGAAUACCUUUAGUUCCGUAUACAACCUAAUUGUAUGUUAAGUUAGUCGUUGCCACUGAAAUCUGUCUGAUCUUUGAAUGCCCUAUGCAAUACGUUGUGUUUUUUAUGCGUUGAUUUAAUUGUGUAACGUGAACAUUUGUAAAGGGUUUGUGAUUUUGAGCAAUUGUAAAUGGUGUAUUUGAGUUUCUUAGGUUAUUUUCACUUAGUGUUUGUUUGUCGAUUUUUGUGUAUACCGUUUGAAUGUAUUAUUAUUUAUUUGACGAAGCACCCGCAAAUCGUCCCAAACAGCACACCCAUGUAUGUUAUAUGUCAUCUGCUGCCCAACCAAAAUCAAAGUGAACACAAAGAGAUGCACACAAAUAUUUUCUAUAUGCGAGAGCCUACACAUAACGAUGUAAAGGGACAAAGCAACCAUUAAAUGUAUACUAAUGAAAUGAUUUAAAUUAUUGAGUAAUUUUAUUUAUAACCUGCAUAUAUAAACAUAUUUAUCGAAUUUAUUAUGUAACUUUUCGAUUUAUUUUGAAUUGAAUAAAGAUUUUAUGAAACCUAAA